AGAUGAUACGUCUGCUUAUGUUAGUAGGAAAAAGACAAUGGAAUCUGGAAGUGUGGAAACGAUAGCCACUAACCCUUCUGGAGGGUCCAAUGGCUUAGAAGAGCCUAAGAAGAUGACAAGGGAGGACUGGAGGAAGAAAAAAGAAUUGGAAGAACAGCGAAAACUGGGCAAUGCACCAGCUGAAGUGGAUGAAGAGGGAAAGGACAUCAACCCUCAUAUUCCUCAGUAUAUUUCCUCAGUCCCCUGGUAUAUCGAUCCUUCCAAAAGGCCUACACUAAAGCAUCAGCGACCUCAACCAGAGAAGCAGCGUGAAUAUACAUUGCUAGGGGAAUGGUACAAGCGAGGAGUCAAAGAAAAUGCCGUUACAACUAAAUAUCGCAAGGGAGCAUGUGAGAAUUGUGGUGCCCUGACGCAUAAGAAGAAAGACUGCCUGGAGAGACCCAGAAGAGUCGGAGCAAAAUACACAGGAACAAACAUUGCACCAGAUGAGCACGUGCAGCCUCAGUUGAAGUUUGAUUAUGAUGGAAAAAGAGACCGUUGGAAUGGCUACAAUCCAGAAGAGCACAUGAAGAUUGUGGAAGAAUAUGCUAAGGUUGAUCUUGCUAAACGCACACUCAAAGCACAGAAGCUACAGGAAGAACUGGCUUCAGGAAAACUGACAGAGCAGGUGAACUCCCCACGACAUCGAUGGGACGAAGAAGAACCCAACUCACAGACGGAAAGAGAUCAUAAUAGUGAAGGAGAAGAUGAAGACAAAUAUGCAGAUGAUAUUGAUAUGCCUGGACAGAAUUUUGACUCUAAAAGGCGCAUCACGGUCCGAAACUUACGUAUUCGAGAGGAUACUGCUAAAUACUUGCGGAAUUUAGACCCCAAUUCUGCAUACUAUGACCCCAAAACAAGAGCAAUGAGGGAAAAUCCAUAUGCCAAUGCCGGAAAGAACCCAGAUGAAGUCAGCUAUGCAGGGGACAACUUUGUCCGUUACACUGGGGCUACCAUCUCCAUGGCACAGACUCAGUUAUUUGCCUGGGAGGCCUAUGAAAAAGGCUCUGAAGUUCAUCUCCAGGCAGACCCUACAAAACUUGAACUCUUGUACAAAUCCUUCAAAGUGAAAAAGGAAGACUUUAAAGAGCAGCAGAAAGAAAGCAUCUUAGAAAAGUAUGGAGGACAAGAACAUCUGGAUGCGCCACCACCAGAGUUGCUGCUUGCUCAAACAGAAGAUUAUGUUGAAUAUUCCCGACAUGGAACCGUUAUUAAAGGGCAAGAGAAGGCUGUUGCUCGCUCUAAAUAUGAGGAAGAUGUAAUGAUCAACAAUCACACGUGUAUUUGGGGUUCCUACUGGAAAGAAGGCAAAUGGGGCUACAAAUGCUGCUACUCAUUUGUCAAGUACUCGUACUGCACAGGAGAAGCUGGGAAAGAAAUUGCUAAUGCUGAUGAAGAAUUGCCAGAUGACCUGCACAAGGAAGAGUAUCUAACAAAACCCAAAACUUUGCUGGAGUUACAUCAAGAAAAGCAAAAAGAGGAAAAGAAGAAGAAGAAGAAACAUAAGAAGAGUACAAGUUCUGAUAGUGAGGGAGAAGACAAAAAGAAGCAGGAAAAAUUGAAAAAGGCACUCAAUGCAGAAGAAGCCCGCCUCCUUCACGUGAAGGAAAUCAUGCAGCUGGAUGAGAGAAAGAGGCCAUACAACAGCAUGUAUGAAAGCCGGGAACCGACAGAGGAAGAAAUGGAGGCUUAUCGGAUGAAGCGGCAGCGACCAGAUGACCCAAUGGCCUCUUUUCUGGGGCAGUAAUUUUGGGAAAAGAGACUUGCUAGCCCACAGGAUGUGGCUGCUGUUACGUUUGGUGACCAAAUGGGCAGACCUCUGCCAAUUCCCUUUCUGGAUGUGUGUGUGUCUGGCCUGAAAAAGAUGUAGAGUUUUAUACCGAGUGGGGUUUUUUGUAUAUAUCUUUUUGUUGGCCAUAUUAAUUGACUAUGCUGUACCUGCUGCUCAAACAUCUGAUAGAUUUAAGAUUAAAAAAACAAAAAAAGCCACCAGUCAAGAGCAUCAGAUGUUUAAAAAAGAAAAAGAGUAAAAGAGGCAGGCUGGGAGAGAAGGGUAGUAGCAGAGCAUGUCCUAUUCCAGCAGUUGACCGGUUGUGCAACCCAUCUCAGUGUCAAGGAAAGAAGAGGCACUCAACAGGACCCUGCUAGAAGUGGGGGUUACAUACACUAACUAUCCUUCUACUCCAUACUUAGAUACUAGGAUACUUGUCGGCUACUUUACUCUACCAAAGUGUGUGAUAGCCUACUUCUUUAUAUAGAUUUUUGUGGAUUUAAUCCAAAAGUAUUUGCAAAGGCUUUCACAGUUGGGAUCUAAUGGUUGUUGUGGGUUUUUUUGGGCUCUUUGGCUAUAUUUUGAAGCUUUAGAGUUGCUGUGUAGGAAAACUGAUAUUUUUAUUCAGAAGCUUUAAAAAAAAUGGUUCUGAAAGCAUUUUUCUGGAUAUAUACUCAGCUGUUGACUUCUUCUCAUUAGAAAUGAAUUUAGUAUGUAUUCCAAAUACCUUGGGAAGUUCAAAGAGUUCUGUUUUAAUGAGGUUAGGUACUUUGUAAAAAAUUUUUAUAAUCUUUCAGCGAAUCAAUUGGGAAUGAUCCAUCCUUUCCCUAUACCUCUUCCCUCACCUACACACAGAAUGGCAUGUCUGUGGUGAUGCCUAAGCAAGUCAGUUCCCCAUUUUCUCUCCCCUUCACAUGCAGAGCUCUAUAUGCAACAUAGAAGUUUAAUUGUGCUCAAUUUUGAGUGAUAGCUCUGAACUGGACUACUCCAUGUGGAUGAACUGGAUUUCCUAGGCACUUAAUAGAGGUUGUACACCUUC